GUUACCAGCGAAUUAUUGAUUAGCGAAUAGUGCUUAGUGUGUUUAUUGAAUUAGUGGGUUGAUAAUGAAAAUGCAAAAGGUACUUUUCGUACUGUUUCUGGCCUGUAUGGCUUGGAAACCGGCACACUCCUCGCGCAUUCUGGCAGUGUUUGCCUUUCCCGGUAGAAGUCAUUGGAUGAUGAUAGAUGCGAUAUUGAACGAACUGCUGGAUCGCGGCCACCAGGUUACCUGCAUCGCCAACUAUCCCCUAUCGAGGGGACAGCACGAAAACUAUACGGAUAUUCGGAUAACUCCAAUCUAUGACUUUUGGAAGAAAUCGGUGCGGGUAGAGUCACUGUUCGAUCUAACUGAGAUCUCCAUCCACCGGAUGCUGGUGGACUUUUUGUAUAGUCUUGGAUUGGAAACGGCCGAACACGGCUUUACGAGGGACAAUGUAAAGGAUUUUAUUGUCAACGAUCACAGCGAGUUCGAUUUGAUUUUAGCCGAACAAUUCUACCAGGAGGCUUAUCUAAUGCUAGCUCACAAAUAUAAGGCAUCGAUCGUUACUGUUGGAACUUUUGGUUUCGCCCAGUACAUGGGCCCCAUGAUGGGAAUGAUGAAUAUGUGGUCCCAUGUGCCGCACGAGUUUCUGCCGUACACAGAUAAUAUGUCAUUUUUCCAACGAAUGUACAACUCCAUGGUGAGUUACUAUGAGCUGGUUAUGAGGUCCGUAUAUUAUAUGCCCAAGCAGGAAGCCAUGGCUAAAACACAUUUUGCCCAUCUGCAAGGGCCACUUCCGAAGAUAGCCGACCUGGAACGUCAAGUUUCAGUUAUCUUACUGAACAGCCAUGCCCCACUCACGACGACUCGGCCGAAAGUUCCUGGUCUUGUGCAGGUUGGCGGAUUGCAUAUCAAAGAACCGAAACCGCUUCCUGAUGAUCUUCGUAAGUUUCUGGACGGAGCUAAACACGGAGCGAUCUACUUUAGUUUGGGUACCAAUCUGCGAAGUGCUGAUAUGCCCGAAGAUAAAUUGCUAGCAAUUUUGUCGGUAUUUCGUUCAAUGAAGCAACGGGUCGUGUGGAAAUUCGAGAGUGAUUCCAUUAAAGACUUGCCACCGAACGUGAUGGUUAAAAGUUGGUUACCACAGAGUGAUAUUUUAGCUCAUCCUAGCGUGAAAGUUUUCAUAACCCACGGCGGAUUGUUAGGCACUCAAGAGGGUGUCUAUCGAGCCGUUCCGAUGCUCGGAAUACCUAUUUAUUGUGAUCAACAUUUGAACAUGAACAAAGCCGUUCUUGGAGGGUACGCAGUAAAAUUAUAUUUCCCUAAUAUUACGGAAACCUCAUUCCGGUGGGCACUCAACGAACUGUUGUAUAAACCGGAGUACAAGCGAAACAUGGACACAGUCUCGUCGGUGUUCCGGGAUCGGCCCGUUUCGGCCCUGCAGGAAGCCGCCUAUUGGGUCGAGUACGUUAUCAGACAUAAAGGCGCACCUCAACUGCGCUCGGCAGGGCUCGAUCUGCCGUGGUUUAGUUUUGCCCUGCUGGAUGUCGUCGGCGUGGGCCUACUCGUGCUGAUACUGGUUGGCUGGAUGCUUGCAAAAUGCCUGCGACAUGUUGCGGGGCGACCGUCGAGUGGAAAACGGAAACUACAAUGACGUGCAGUAGAGAUUUGUAUGGUACGAUUAGUAACAAUAUUUUAAUGAAAGUAUGUACUACACGAACCUGAGGAUAUUGCAUAGCAGUAGCAUAUAAAAAUUGACAUUAUUAGGAAUUAACAUGUGUUUCGAUAGAUUUUCAUUUGAAUUGAACAUAGUGCCUUCUGAAGAGAUACUAAGCAUAAUUAGUAUAUUAUGCUUUGCUUUAUACUACGCCUAUUUGUAAACCUCGGAUAACGGUAGUGACAGGAAUCUAGCUGUAUCCGUACUGUAUAAAUAUGGAGAUAUCAAAUUCGUAUAAUACCAA